CCUCCUUGGUCUGGGCUGUCUGUCUCAUGGCCACCUCAUGGCUGCAGUUUUGUCAGGCUCGUCGUGGGACAGCACCACACCACUCUAUGGCGCCAAGCUUCUUCGCUUCAUGUCACAACGGCGAUGGUGGGCUGCGCUCUUCUCAAACCGAUGGUUUUGUCUCGCGGCAGCGUCGUGGGUGGAGGCGUGUUCAGGCGUCAGCUACAUGUUCGGGCUGUACUCGCAGAGCUUCAAGGAGACGCUGGGCUACAACCAGCAGAUUGUCGACAUGGUUGGCAUGGCCAAGGACAUAGGCGGAAACGUAGGGAUCGUGUCAGGCUUUGUCGGCGACAUCGCACCCACGUGGGUCGUUUUGGCGAUCGGUGCCGUAUUGAACCUGGUUGGCUACGGCUUCUUGUGGUUGGUCCUGACGGGAAGGCUGGUGGGUGCGUGGCAGCCGCCCGUGUGGGUGGUGAUGGCGUUCAUCUGCGUCGGCACCAACGGCGCCACCUUCUUCAACACGGCGGGCCUCGUCACUUGCGUCAAGAACUUCCCGCACAGCCGCGGCCCUGUUGUUGGCCUGCUCAAGGGCUUCAUUGGUCUCAGCGGCGCGCUGUUCACGCAGUUCUACCUCGCGCUGUACGCGCCAGACCGCGACGCGUUCCUCCUCAUGGCGGCGUGGCUGCCGUCGCUGGUGGCCCUCCUGGCCACCCCCGCCAUUCACCAGCUCCCGCCCACCAGCGAGCCCACGGAGCGUGGCAACCUCAUGGCGGUGCUGGCGGCAAGCGUGUGCCUGGCGCUGUACCUGCUGGCCGCCAGCCUGCUGGACCACUCCGUUCGGGUGAGCUGGCACGUCAGCGUGCUCAUCUCGCUGGGCGCGCUGCUCAUCCUCGCGUGGCCUGCUCGCAUCGCUGUCACCCAAGAGGUGGACGCCGAGCAGCAGUGCCUCGCGCACGCCGCCAGGCUCGCAGCAGGGGAGGCAGUGGAGGAGGGCGCUGGCAGUCAGGGGAUGGCGCAUGAAGGAGGGGGAGCUGGCAGGGAAGGGAGAGGGUCAGGGCCAGCACACGCAGGUGACAGUGGCUCGGAGGUGCGGCUGAGUGGCAAGGCAGCAGGGCAGGAGGGCACUGAUAGGCGUGUGGUGGUUAGGCAGAGACCCAUGGCUGAUCGGCACACACAGGAUAAAGGGGAAAGGCAGGCGUUGAUGGCCAGCUCGGGCAGUGGAGUGCGCGCUGCAGGCGCAUCACAUGCUGUGCCGCUCAAGGCCAGGGAGAGCGAGGCGUGGUCAGAGCAAGAUGAUGGCAGCGACGAGGAUCCAGCAGCUUCUGCUACCUUUCCGCAGGUGGGGGACGACCACACACUGUGGCAGGCGGUGCAGACGGCGCCCUUCUGGCUGAUCUAUGCGGCCAUGACGCUCGCCUCAGGCUCGGGGCUGACGGCCAUCAACAACCUGGGGCAGGUGGGGCGGUCGCUGGGGUACGAGCAGCGCGCAGUGGGCAUCUUCGUGUCGCUCAUGAGCGUGUGGAACUUCCUGGGGCGCGUGGGCGCGGGGUACAUCUCCGAGCACUUCCUGCAUGAGAGGGCCGUGCCGCGCCCUGCCUUCAUGGCGGCCACGCAGCUUGCCAUGGCGGCGGGCCACCUGCUCUUUGCGUCUGCCCUGCCCGGCUCGCUCUACAUCGCCUCCGCCAUCGUUGGGCUUGCCUAUGGCUCCCAGUGGGGGCUCAUGCCCGCCGUGGCCUCCGAGGUGUUUGGGCUGAAACACUUCGGCACUCUCUACAACUGGCUCACCAUCACCAACCCCACUGGCUCCUACCUCCUGUCUGUCUGCAUCGCUGGGUACCUCUACGACUACGAGGCAGAGCAGGAGGCGUCCUCGUCCGAUCCACCUUUCCCCAUUGGCCCUGCCCCUGCGCCAGCACCAGCCUCAGGCAGCCCUGCAUUGAUGUGCCAUGGAGCCCACUGCUUCAGGGUCACGUUCCUGGUGAUGGCUGCUGCCUGUGUGGUGGCCUCUGCGCUGUCCCUGGUGCUUGUCUCCCUCACCCGCUCGCUGUACCUCACCGAGUACACCAGGUGCCACACAAUGGAGGACGCUGCUCACACGGCGGGCAAGGAGUCCCUUGGUAGGGAACCUGUGGAGAAGAUUAGUGAGGUUACAUCACUAACCAGCCAGCGUUGAGUCAGACCUAAAGAUUGGGUACCGAGUCUGAUUGGUUCGACAGUGCAUUGGAAUUUGGUUGACCCCUGGAGCCUUGAGGAUGUGAAUAGGCCGAAUGCAAGUAACUUGGCA